AUGUUCCUCUCCGCUGCUAGAUUUGAAUCGCACGAGAUUACUGGGGGUCUCUCUGGUGUUGACGUUGUGCGUGGCGUUGUGCUCCGUGUUGUGCUCGACGAUGAUAACGACGCGGAUGAUGGAGAGGCGAUUGAAGCUAAGGGAGGUGUGGAUGAGAGUAGCGUUGAGUUGGAUGUAAUAGAGGUGGAUGUGGUAGGGGUAGACUUAGCUGUUCGGGAUGGUUUUGAUUCAGUUGUGAUCAUCGGCGUCGUAGAUGGGAAUGAAGAUGGCCACGAGAGGAGUGUCUUAGAUUUCCUAGAGCAGGCGGACUUAAUUGUUCUGGAUGUAGUGGAAGCAGCUAUAGCCGUUUUUGUUUCAUACGACCAUGAGGAUAGCCACGAGAGCUAUAUCCGAAACUUUCUGGAGCGGGCCGACUUUCGGUAUAUAGAGGAUAUAGUUGAUCUAGAUGUGGAUUCGGUUGUCGUCCCCUCCGUUAACGAUGAAAGCCAUGUCUUAGAUUUUCUGGAGCAAGCUGAAGUCCGUGAGCUGUACUAG